CACAGGCGCCUUUGUUUCUCUCUCAGCUCCAACCUGAACAUCAAUGACGUCCUGGGCAAUUACUCACUGACGCUCGUGGACGCGCUGGACACGCUGGCAAUCAUGGGAAAUUCAUCUGAGUUCCAGAAGGCGGUCAAGUUGGUGAUCAACACCGUGUCAUUUGACAAAGAUUCCACCGUGCAAGUCUUCGAGGCCACCAUCAGGGUCCUGGGCAGCCUCCUGUCCGCCCACCGGAUAAUCACGGACUCCAAGCAGCCCUUCGGCGACAUGACCAUCAAGGACUACGACAACGAGCUGCUGCACAUGGCACACGACCUGGCCGUGCGGCUCCUGCCGGCCUUUGAAAACACCAAGACGGGGAUUCCCUAUCCCCGGGUGAACCUGAAGACGGGCGUCCCCCCCGACAGCAAUAACGAGACCUGCACGGCCGGCGCCGGGUCCCUGCUGGUGGAGUUCGGGAUGCUGAGCCGGCUGCUGGGGGACUCCACGUUCGAGUGGGUGGCCCGCCGCGCAGUGAAGGCCCUGUGGAGCCUCCGGAGCAGCGGCACGGGGCUGCUAGGCAACGUCGUCAACAUUCAGACGGGCCACUGGGUGGGCAAGCAGAGCGGCCUGGGCGCGGGGCUGGACUCCUUCUACGAGUACCUCCUCAAGUCCUACAUCCUCUUCGGGGAGAAGGAGGACCUGGACAUGUUCAACGCCGCCUACCACAGCAUCCAGAGCUACCUGCGCCGGGGCCGGGAAGCCUGCAACGAGGGCGAAGGGGACCCCCCGCUGUACGUCAACGUGGACAUGUUCAGCGGGCGGCUGAUGAACACGUGGAUGGACUCGCUGCAGGCCUUCUUCCCGGGGCUGCAGGUCCUGAUAGGAGACGUGGAAGAUGCCAUCUGCCUGCACGCCUUCUACUACGCCAUCUGGAAGCGCUACGGGGCGCUCCCCGAGCGGUACAACUGGCAGCUGCAGGCCCCCGACGUCUUCUUCUACCCGCUGCGGCCGGAGCUGGUGGAGUCCACCUACCUCCUCUACCAGGCGACCAAGAACCCCUUCUACCUCCACGUGGGCAUGGACAUCCUGCAGAGUCUGGAGAAGUACACGAAAGUCAAGUGUGGGUACGCCACGCUGCACCACGUCAUCGACAAGUCCAAGGAGGACCGGAUGGAGAGCUUCUUCCUCAGCGAGACCUGCAAGUACCUGUACCUGCUGUUUGAUGAGGAGAACCCGGUGCACAAGUCCGGCACCAGGUACAUGUUCACCACCGAGGGGCACGUGGUGUCGGUGGACAGGCACCUGCGGGAGGCGCCGUGGAAGGAGUUCUUCCCCGACGAGCGCGGGCACGCAGCCGGGUCCUCUCUGCGCAGGCCGGCGGCUCCCGACCUGAAAGUCAUCAACUCCAGCUCCAACUGCAACCGCGUGCCCGACGAGCGGAGGUACUCCCUGCCCCUGAAGAGCGUCUACAUGCGCCAGAUUGACCAGAUGGUCGGCCUGAUUUGACCUGCGCUGGCUGCUCUGUGGGCCCCGCUGAGCCCGGACCAAACACCGCGUCCAGGCCACGCCUGGCCACACCCGGCCCCGCGUGAGGUGGAGGCGUGAGCUGGAGGCCGGAGUCUGGCCGGCCAAGUGCCGCAGCAGUUCUGUCCGGCUCCUCGCCCACAUCCAUACAGUCCUGCUUCCUUUAGUGUUUCUCUUCUGUUCAAUAAAAUGCCCUGUUUCUCACGGAUGUAA